UUCAACUGAGGAUGUAAUAUAUAUUUCCGAUUCAUCUAAAGGAGCUAUACCAAAACAACAUAGAAGUGUAAAAUAUAAUAAAAAAGAUCAAGAAGAUAUUCCAGAAGAUUUAGGAGAAGAAUAUGAAGAAGAUGAUGAAGAGGAAGAAGAACAAAAAAAGAAAGCUCAAAAGAAUAGAGAUUUAGGAAAAAAAAACAUAUAUAAAUUUGAAGAAAGUUUAUCUUAUAUUGUUAAUGAUAAAUCAAUAUAUAUAAGCAACGAUGAUAUCGAUGAAUUUAGAAAUAUAAUUAUAACAAGUAAAGAUAUUAAUCAAAAUUUUGAUUUUUCAUUAAUUGAGAGUUAUUUAGGUUUAGGUAUAAGUACAAAAGAGGAUGUUGAAAAGAUGAAUAUUAAAUAUCCUUUAUAUAGAGGUGAAAAAGUUAAUUUUAAAAAUCUUCGUAAUCCUUUUCGAAUUGAACAUCCAUAUUUAAAAGAAAUGGAAAGUUUAUAUGUAUCUGAAAUGUUAUUUUUUGAUGAUUAUUUAUCUAUGGAUAUGUUUAGUUUUUUAAGUGAACAGGUUGUUGGGAAUUUAACAUUACAAAAAAUUCUUAAAAUAUUUAAGCAUGAAAGGAUUAAAUAUUUAUAUUUUAGCGAUGAUGCUUUGAAAUAUGUUAAUUUUAAUUUUCCUGAUUUUAACUUAUAUAAAUUUGUGAAUUUAUAUAAGAAAAAUUAUGUUGAUAGGGAUGAGAAAGAUAUCUGUGAUUUUUCAAAUGAAGAAUUUCCGUUAAUAAAAGAAAAUAACAAGAGAAUCAGGGCAAUUUUAUUAGAUUUGAAAAGAAGAAGUCUUGUUCGAAAUAUAACAAAAGGUGAAAAACAUCUACUAAAAAGCAUAGUAUUUGAAGAGAAAAAAACAUUUUCUUUAAUAAGAAAAAUAUUAAGUAAUUUUACAUUAAUAACAAAUAAAAUUCGUAGGGAUUAUAGUAAUAUACUUUUUAAUAUAUCUUCUAAUGGUACGUUAUUACCUAAAGAUGGAUAUUUAUUACAAGCUGCAUAUUAUAUCUUAAAUUAUUGUCUUUUUAUUGUAAAACCAUUUUAUGGUAAAAUAGAAAAGAAGGAACCAUAUAAUUAUAAUGAAAUUGCACGCUUAUCUGGAACGGUAAACAGUUUAAUAAAUGUUUUAGAAUUCAUUGAACACAAUAAUGCGUUGUAUAAUGAUUUACUUGAUCGCUGUAAAUGUUUACAAAGUUUUUAUCCUCGCGUAGAAUCUGAAGAAGGUUUGGUAAGAUUUUACCGUUAUGCUAUAGCGAAAAUUGAAAUAAUGGCUCUCGUUUACGAUAUCCAUGUUAUAUUAACAAAAAUGAAUAAAUGUGAAAUGCUAGUAAAAGAAUAUGAAAGGUAUCAUUUUCCUUCAUAUCAGAGAUUAUUAGUAAACACCGAAAUUCUAUUAAAUGAUGCUGAAAGUAUAUUAUUUGAAAACAAUUAA